UGGGGCGGCCCAUGGCUGCGCUUCGCGAGGCGGCGGCGCGGUGGGCGCCGGGGCUGUGGCGGCGGGCGGCGCGCGCGGCCGCGGGGCUCGGGGGCCGCCGUUUCGGGAGCGGCGGCGCUCAGGGCCCGCCCACCUUUGGGUUCCUGUUGGACAUCGAUGGGGUGCUGGUUCGGGGCCACAGCAUCAUCCCUGCUGCGCGGGAGGCUUUCCGCAGGCUGGUGAGCCCCCAGGGGCAGCUGCGGGUGCCCGUGGUCUUUGUCACCAACGCGGGGAACAUGCUGCAGCACAGCCGAGCCCGGGAGCUGUCGGCCCUUCUGGGCUUCCAGGUGGAGCCCGACCAGGUCAUCCUGGCCCACAGCCCCAUGAAGCUCUUCUCACAGCACCAUGAGAGACGGCUGCUGGUGUCUGGACAGGGGCCCCUGGUGGAAAAUGCCCGAGCCCUGGGCUUCAAGCACGUGGUCACUGUGGACGAGCUGCGGGCAGCUUUCCCUGUGCUGGACAUGGUGGACCUCGAGCGGCGGCCGAAGACUACGCCCCUUCCAAGGAACGACUUCCCUGCCAUUGAAGGGGUGCUCCUCCUUGGGGAGCCGGUGCGCUGGGAGACGAGCCUGCAGCUGAUCAUGGACGUACUUCUCAGUGACGGGAACCCUGGCACCAGUCUGGCCUCGGCCCCGUAUCCCCACCUCCCUGUCCUGGCCAGCAACGUGGACCUCCUCUGGAUGGCUGAAGCCAAGAUGCCCAGGUUUGGCCAUGGCACCUUCCUGCUGUGCCUGGAAGCCAUUUACCGGAAGGUGACGGGCAGAGAGCUGAGGUACGAGGGCCUGACGGGCAAGCCCAGCAUCCUCACCUACCGGUACGCAGAGGACCUGCUCCGGCGGCAGGCGGCGCGGCGGGGCUGGGCGGCCCCCAUCCGGAACCUCUACGCCGUGGGUUCUAUCUGGAAUGUGAAAGUUCCAUGGGAGAAGGAUUGUGGGCAAGCGGUGUGGGUGACCUUGAGGCUGAGAGAACGGUGGCAUCUCACCCCUGUAAGCUGCUGACAUCUCUCCCACCUCUGCCGCCGGCCCCAGCCCACCCCAGUCGGGGCUGCGAGGCCGCGUUGGAAGAACGAGUCAGGCCCAGGCCCGCCGUCGACGUCCGGCUUCCUGAUGUGUGUGUUGGGGCAGCUGUUCCUUCCGUGAGUCCAGGAAGUAUGUUUCUCACCCCCUCCAGCAGCCACCCAGUCCCAUGCUUCCAGGUUGGUCUGUCACCUACCAUCCCGGUCAGUUAUUGUCCCCGUCCUGAUCCAGCUGACACACGCUGGUCACUCCCUCUCUCCUUGAAACACUCUUCACUGGGCUACACCCCCAACAACAGCAGGUUUUGGGGGAGAGGGAGCUAAGGAGACCAAGACGGAGCGAACGUGCUUCCUGAAGGAGGGAGAGCUGUGCUGACUCCCUGAGCACCAGAGCUCGACCACGUCCACACAGCCAGCCCUCCGCCCCCAGCACCCUGAGACCCGGGCCCUGCAACCUGCCCUUCAGACAGCCUUGCCCGCAGAAUAACCCGGGCGGGGGCCACGCCGUCGAGCCUGUGCCGCUCGGAGUCAGAUCAGAUCUGCUGUCCGAUCAGGGCCCUCCUGGGACUUCCUCACCGAAGCACAGGUGCCCUGCAUCCCAUCCCGGUCCCCCCCACCGCCCUGCCCCACUGUCUCACUCCAGCCUCACCCUGGCGGUUCCCUUGGGGCACCAUCCUCCUCAAGGACCUGGGAUCCUUGCCUCAGAGGCUCCCUCGACCUCUUGUGAAAAGCAGCACUCUGUCCACGUGUCCGUCGUUUUCUCCACGGCCCUCACAUCCCGUGACCUGUAUUUCCUUCUCGUUCUACGUCUUCUACUAAAACACAAGCUCUGUGGGCUUGGUCCGCAUUGGUCCCUCUCGUGUCCCCACACCCACGUGCCUGGCACUUGGCAGGACUGUGGACCCUGCACGUCCUCCCACAGGGUCCCAUGGGCAGAUGUGGCUCCUCUCCUUCCCUGUCCUUGGUGGGCUGGGCCCACCUCCCUUCUCACAGCCAUGUGGCCUGGGGCAGCCUGCCACCCCCCCGGCUCCUCGUGUGGACUGGCGUUGGCCACAUGGAUCUCAUGAACAGGCCAUUUUAGGUAUGGCGUGUCAUUUAGGAUUUUGUUCAGCUGCCUGUUACAGAAGGCUGAGUGCGGUGGCGCGAGCACUUUCUAAGCAUCAGGAUGUUCAGAGCCGGCAUCUCGGGCGUCAUGAGGACGCUGCUCCCCUGUCCUGGCGCGUGGGCUUUUCCUGCAGCUCGGCCCCGCGCACGUCCACAGGGAGAGGGCGAGGGCGAGGCCGGCGGCACUGGACGCCCCUUAGAGAACUUUCCUGGGAGGUCCACCUCGCUGGGGAAGUCCUGACCUGUCCGAUGGCCGCGGUUGGGUCAUGGAGGUGGGGUGGGGGCACCUUGUUGCUCUGGCAAAAUCAGGGCGUGUUUGUGAGGAAGGUGAGUGGAACAGACGUCAGGCCCCCAGGACCUGAGCACUGAGCUUGGUCUCUGUCCAAGUGCCCCCAGGACGCGUCCGACAGGCACCUGGGCUGCUGGGUUGGGGAGCCUGAGUUUCCAGGGCACUUUAGGAGGAACAGCAUUGGUCCAUGCCUCAUCAGAGGCCCUCAGGAGGGACACAGUUCUCACCUGCCCUAUCUUACAAGUGAGGGCGCCAGGGCCCACCUUCCUUCUCAUCUCAGAGACACCAACUGAAGACCCAUUGGCGCCCAGUUCCCCUGCAGCCCCCAGCCAUCAGCAGCCAUGCCUGCCCCCAUGGAGUUCGCCUGUUGGUGACCAUGGGUCCAGGGUCAGUUAGGAAGUGGAGGGGCUGGGCCGAUGGCCAGGCCGAUGGCCAGGCCUCCUGCUCAGCCAUGUUCUCCUGGGACGCGCCCUAGGGACCCCACUGCCCUUCCUCCAAGCACGGCUUCAGCCCAGGUGAGCCCUGCGUGGGCCCAGGAGGCCGAGUGUGCCAGGCGGAGUGACAGUGAAGGGAGGAGUGGGAGGGAGGGGUGUGCCAGAGCUCCAGGCUGAAGUGACAGGGGUGGGGACAGCGUCUGCCUCCGGCUCUGCCCCCACCUGGCAGUCACUCUCUUGGCGGCCCUUUGUCUCCUUUCUCACUCGUUGGUUUCCUGGACGUGGCAGGAGCCAUCCCGGACGGGGCUGGAAAGCAGGUGCAGGGCCGAGGGCAGGACCAGGCUCUUCCUCAGGGGCUUUGUCUGGACCCUGGACCACACAGCCCACCACCAGCUGCCUCAUGGCUCAGCCCUGACUGAGUGAAAAUGUUGCCUUUUGUGUUUUGAUGGAGCCAAGUGAAUACAAACAAGACUUUGUGAGUCACUCUGAAUAGGAAGUAAGCCCGCGACUGGCCUGGGACAGGACUGAACCGUCAGGUGUUCCCUUGGGUCUUGAGUCCUCACCCCACACAGGGCAGUUCCUCCGUGUUCCCCGUGGUGGGGGAGGCUUCUGGCCUCCUGAGGACGCCUCUGGGCUGAGGCGGGAGGGGAGCAGGCGGGGAGCAGGACUCCCAGCGGAGCUGGGGUUGCCGUAGCAACAGGAUGCUGCCCUGAGAGCGGAAUUUUAAAAUAGCUCAGCUGGAAGAGCUUUACCCCACUCUCUCUGUCGCCUCCCUGGUGCUGAGCGCGUGCGCGAGGCCGGCGUGCGGGACGCCUGCUCUCUGCCUGGGCUCCUGGCAGCUUCUCCGGGGGUGGAGGGGGAGGGCUGUCUCCGGCUGUGAACUGCUGCGGCUGUCAGGGCUCAACUUCUGCUUCCCGCCGCCUCCAGCUCUUGGUUCCAAAAGCCUUCUGUCAUUUUCUCUUUUUUGGGAGGCAGAGAAGAGGGGUCUCGCUUGAAACUCCCCCACUCCUCCCGCUGUGGCCCGCGCUCCUGCCAGGACAGCCUAAGCAGUCCCGGACGGCUCUUGGCCGGGGGGGGGGGCCCUUCUUGUCUGCUUUCCCCUUUGCUCUUUCUAACGUCCUGCUUUGGCUUCACUGACUCCCCCAGCAAAUGCCCGCUGGGCCUCCACGAGGCCCCAGGGUGUGGAAUGAAAACCUGCCUCGUCUUGGAGGACGUCGUCCCUGACUUGGCCCUGGACUUGGCCCUGUCAGACUUAAGACAUUUUUGUAAGGUUACGGGAAUGAAGACAGUGCUCUGCUGGCAGAGGGAAGGGCACACGCCAAUGGGACAAAGCAGCACAGAGAAACAUGGCACACGCGUGAAAAUACGGCUGCACGGAACGCACGUGUAUUGCUGGCUCCUGCUCCUGCUCCUGCUAGGGGCUGCUCCUGGCUUCUUCCCCUCCAGGUGGUGACUCUGGGGUCCAGGCACCUUCCAUCUGUGAUGCUGUCACCUUGAACACAUGGUCCCCAAGGUCACAGUGGAAGAGGGAGGGGGAGGGAUGACCAUGGAGGGAGUCAGGCGAGACCUGGCCUGGAUGUCAGCGCCCUGUCCCUGUCCCCUGGCCAGGCCCGCAUCCAGUGCCACUCCCAACAGGAUGGAAAUGUCUUCCUCUGUCCCUGGGGAAAGGAAACCGGGUCAGUCGGCAGCAUCCAGCCUGUCCCUGCUGCCAUACCACUGUUCACUAGGACAAAGGAAAUCUGAUUUGCUUAGUUUUAUUUAAAUUCAUGAAUAAUAUUGAAAUUUAUUUCUGUAUGUUUGUUGAGUUGACCAUGAAUGUUUUUCUCCUGUAAUCUGUUCAUUUGGUAAACUGCAUUUAUAGAUUUUUCUUUUUCCGUCUUUAACUCUGCCUUUCAUUUCUGAUAUAAAACCUAGCUGGUUUUGCUGUAUGUUGCUGUCACUAUGAGCUGGAAUUUUGUUUAGGAGUUUUUUGUCUGUGUUCAUAAAUGAGACUGGCCUAUAUAUUUAAGCUUUUUUCUACUGCCUUUGUCUGGUUUUGAUAUCAGUUCUGUGAGCCUUGUAAAUAAAUGGAGGCACAUUCUGUCUUUUCCAA